AUGGCUCAUGCUAUGGCUUCUAUGGGUGGCCUAAUUGGUUCUUCACAAACUGUCUUGGAUGGUAGCCUCCAGCUUAGUGGCUCAGCCCGCUUGAGUACUGUUAGCACCAACAGAAUUGCCUUGUCUAGACCAGGACUCACUGUCAGAGCCCAACAGGGGUCUGUUGACAUCGAAACUAGCCGUAGAGCCAUGAUUGGUCUUGUUGCUGCUGGCCUAGCUGGUUCCGUUGCUAAAGCAGCUUUUGCUGAAGCCAGGUCAAUUAAGGUUGGCCCCCCACCUCCUCCCUCGGGUGGAUUGCCUGGAACUUUGAACUCAGAUGAGGCAAGGGACUUCAGUUUGCCAUUGAAGAAUAGGUUUUACCUUCAACCGUUGACUCCAGCUGAGGCAGCCCAGAGAGUUAAGGAUUCAGCCAAGGAGAUUGUUAGUGUCAAGGAUUUCAUCGACAAGAAGGCCUGGCCUUACGUCCAGAAUGACCUUCGUCUCAGAGCAGAAUACCUUCGCUAUGACCUUAAGACUGUUAUCUCUGCUAUGCCAAAAGAACAGAAGGGAAAACUCCAGGAUCUGUCUGGAAAGCUCUUUAAGACCAUUAGUGAUCUGGACCAUGCAGCAAAGACCAAGAACAGUGCUGAAGCACAGAAGUACUAUGCUGAAACUGUAACUACCUUAAAUGAUGUUUUGGCCAACCUGGGCUAG